UGGCGAGCAGCCCCGCCCAUUUCCUUUAGGAAAAAAAGUAGUCAGCUAUUUUAUAGCUGACAUCUUUGUAUUUUUAGCUGUUAGCCAGAGUUGCUAAGUGACUUUCCAAGGAAUCUCUGGUGUCAAAGUAUAUACACGACUUUCACGAACUCCACGCUGUGAACAAGAGCAGUUACGCGGCAUUUGAAAAGUUACUAUGGAAGAAGUACAACAGGGCAGCAAUGGCACUGAUUCACAGACUGCAACCAUUCCCACAACCAUCACAUCUCAGUUCUCACAGAUAGCCCAACAGAUGUCACUGGGUGGUUCUUCUGUUGCCGUUGUACAGCUGCCAGGCGGUCAGUUUCAGGUACAAGGAGUGAUCCAGUCUGCACAGUCUUCAGUCAUUCAGUCCCCUCAGGGGCAAAUUGUACAGGCCCUGGGUUCAGACAGUGACGAUUCACAGGACUCAUCAGAUAGUGGAACUACUACUCAAAAGACCAGAGAAAUUCUGGCAAGGCGGCCGUCAUACAGAAAAAUCCUGAAUGAGCUUUCAUCAGAAGAAGUGACACACAUCGAGGUGAAGGAUAGUAGCCCAGCAUCCACAGGAGUGACAGGUGUCACAGUACCCACCUCCAUCUACCAGACCAGCAGCGGCCAGUACAUUACCAUAUCAGCUAAUGGCACGAUCCAGCUUGCAACACCUGGGUCGGAUGGCAUUCAGGGACUACAGACUGUUGCCAUGACGAACUCAGGUGGAGCCCAGCAAGGCACCACCAUCCUUCAGUAUGCCCAGACACCUGACGGCCAGCAGAUACUGGUGCCUAGCAAUCAGGUUGUUGUACAAGGUGCAGGAGGAGAGAUGCAAGCAUACCAGAUCCGCACAGCGCCCACAUCCAGCUCCCUGUCUCAGACUGUAGUUAUGACCUCUCCUGUGGGAUUAUCUCAGGGGAAGAGUGACGAUCCAACAAUGAAGAGAGAAAUCAGGCUUGCAAAAAACAGGGAGGCAGCCCGUGAAUGUCGAAGAAAGAAAAAAGAAUAUGUCAAAUGCCUGGAAAACCGUGUAGCUGUUCUUGAAAACCAAAACAAGACCCUUAUUGAAGAACUCAAAACAUUAAAGGACCUUUAUUGUGUUAAAACAGGAUAAACUGUUUGAGAUAAAGCUCAGAGAUUGAUACAAAAUGUGGGAGCAUCACAGCUCAGCCAGUGGGACAUGAACAGGGUUUCUGGGAACACUUCAUUUCAGGCUGAGACCCUUCUCUUUUUUACUGUUUGAUAUAGAAGUGACAUAUGAUGGCAGUAAAAUAUACUCACAAACAAACAAGAAAUCGGCCAUUUUUCCACCUGCUGUUUUUUAAAAUUUGCUAAUGCUAUAACAUUUAUAGUUGUGUACAUUUUUAAUACUGGGAGGUUUGAAAUUUAUGAGCUUUAACUUUGAGUCUCAGUUUCUAAUUGUAUCCCUUUUCUUUUUUUGUCUUGUGUUCUUAAAAAUGUCGCUGUUGAACUUUUUUUUAUAAUCUUCUAACAGCAUCUGCAGGAUUUUGGCUGUACAAAUUAUCACUCAGACACAAUUCCUCUUUAUUUUGUGAACCAGCCAUUUCCCUCAUUUCCCUGCAAAGGAGAUGUUACAACUGUCAUUCCUUAUUUGUGUGCAAUGGAAUAUAAAGGGUAACAGAAACGCUGACAUCAAGUGGUGUUUGGUUGUUUCUUGGCAGUUACUUAGACAAUCAGGGAAAAAAGAAGCACAGUGUCCAGGUAAUAUUUAUUAUGUACAUCUUGGGAGGGGUGGGGGAGAAGAACAAACAGUGUAUGAAAUGUUGCUGAUUCUGUAAGUAAAUAAAUAUAUUUUCACUCAAAAAUU